UCCCGUUUUUCCGGCGUCGUCCUCUCGCUUCCCUGGUUUCCUAGUUGAGUGGUUACUACUCAGGCCGGGUCCCCCGAACUAUUUUACGGCAGUAGCAGGCUAGACAGUCCCAAGUUUGGGCCCGGCAUGGAGAAUGGUUUUCAAGCCGGUGUUCCGAGGUGUGGGAGUCGCCCGAGGGGGACCCGGCCAGGGGAGGGCUUCUUUUUUACACUGGUACUCAUUGUUGCCACGAGCGUACUGUUCUUCAUAUUCGACUGUCCCUUUCUCACAGCUCAUGUCACUGUGGCUGUUCCUGUCAUUGGCGCUGUCCUCCUCUUCUUUGUUCUCAGUUCUUUCUUACAUACAGCUUUCACUGACCCUGGGAUUUUACCUCGAGCCACCCCCAGUGAGGCCACCGCCUUGGAGAGGCAGAUUAGGUCUCAGCUGCCCCCUCACACUCUGGAUGUUUUCAUUAAUGGGCAACUUGUAAAGCUCAAGUACUGCCUAACCUGCAAAAUAUUCCGGCCACCCCGAGCCUCUCAUUGUAGCAUCUGCGACAACUGUGUUGAUAGAUUUGACCACCAUUGCCCAUGGGUGGGUAACUGCGUUGGCCAGAGAAACUAUCCUUCCUUCUACCUCUUUCUUCUCUCACUAACUCUGCUUUCUUCACUUGUCCUGGCUGCAGUCACCACGCACGUCGUCAUGAGGUCACAAACCAGCUCCUUUGUUAAAGUUGUCAAGGAGACUCCAGCGAGCGCGGCAGAGUUUUUUAUUUGCCUUUUCACAGUAUGGCCCGUUCUGUGUCUCACUGGAUUCCACACAUAUCUUGUUGCUACAAAUGUGACCACUCAUGAGGAUAUAAAGCACUCUUUGAAAAGCCGUAAAGGCUCUGAACGUAUGAUCAAUCCAUACAGUCAUAAGAAAAUUGUCACUAACUGCUGCGCGACACUUUGCGGACCUCGCCUCCCCAGCUUCCUUGGCACUGCUCAGGUAUUGGAGGAGCAUAGUGAAAGAGGAAUGGGAGACGCCUUUCAAGAUUUUGCUAUUUCAUGCACUAUCUGAUCUUCUCAUAAGUCUAAUUCCUUACAAGUUUCAGGGGCGAUACUAAUAAAAAUUCCAACAGCUUCAUCUAUUGAGCUUCUGAUAUCACAUUUUUACAGAAUUGCAGAGAAUGACUUGCUCUCAGAAAGGAAUACAUCCCAGCUGUUAUGGAGAAUCUUCUUUUUUAAUAAUUAAUUUUGCCAGUGCAAUCUACUUGUAUAUUUGCAGGAUUUAAAGACAUUUUAGUUUACAAGUAUUGUGCGGCAAUAUGUUAACAACUGCGUGCCAAGUCUCACACUUUAUAUAAAAUACUUUUAUAUACUUGAGGCCACUGUAGCGGUGCAGAAUAUAUGUGUGUAAUAAACAUUUACACAUUUUACCAUCACUGCUUGUGAUUCAAUGGCAAACAUCAACAAGCAUGUGGUCUAUUGAUCAGCUGCCAUUAUAAAUUUACAGCUAGAUGGUAAUAUACCUUUUGGGCAUGUCUAGUCUAAGGGCUUUUUCAUUUUGUUUAAUGAUUUUGAUACCUCUGAUCAUCAGGUUCCACUCAUUUCUUGAAUGUCUUACACUUCCUCCGCUUUGCUAUCUGUUGUAUUUUCACACAGCUCUAUGUUGGAUCCCCUGGUCUGUAUGCAUUCCCUCUUUUAACUUAAAGAGACAUUAAACACUAAAUAGAUUGUAUAA